CCAGUUUUGUUGAUAGUGAUAGCUAACGGUGUGUAUAACACUGUCACUUUUUCAGGUGAAGAGUUUGGUUAACGUCACGAGAACGGAGUUUGUCCUGUUUUCGAAAGUUUCAGAUGCGCCAGGCGUUAGCUCCAGGGAUGGCCACCGCGCCGCAGUCUUCGAUUCACAUGAGCUCGACCGAUCUUAUCAAGAAAGAGCCCCUGGACUACGGAGGAUUCGGAGAUGUUUACCUGUGCUACCAUGUAACCCUCGGCCAGGUGGUGUUGAAGACCAUGUAUACGGGCUCUCUUCGCAACGAGGAGAGUAAAAGGUCACUGCUGGAGGAGGGGCAUAUCAUGGCAAGUCUGAACCAUGAGCGAGUGGUCAAGUUGCUGGGUGUGAUCAUGGAGGAAAGAGACUGCUCGCUAGUUAUGGAACUCAUCCCCAAAGGCAACCUAUUGGUCAUGCUAGAAACGGUCUCUGUGCCAAUAUCCAUCAAGGGCAGAAUCAUUUUAGAGAUUUUGGAAGGGAUGGUAUACCUCACAGAGAGAUGUGUCAUACACAAGGACAUAAAGCCAGAAAACAUUUUAGUGGACAAGGAUUUUCACAUCAAGAUUGCAGACCUGGGCCUGGCCACCUGCCAGACAUGGAGUAAACUUACUAAGGAGGAGUCUCGCAGGAAGAGUUGUAUAGGCCAAUCAACUGGGGUGAGAGGUGCCGGCACACUGAGCUACAUGGCUCCUGAGCACCUGGAAAGUUUGCAUACAGCCUCCACUGAGAAGUCUGAUGUCUACAGCUUUGCAAUCGUGGUUUGGGUCAUUCUCACAGGGGAAGAGCCAUAUGCAAAUGCCAGGAGUGAAGACCAGAUCAGCCAGUGUGUUCGUAAUGGUGACCGACCGGCAGAGGACCUUAUUCCAGAGGACACGCCCACAGAAAUAAUUCAGUUUAUGAAGAAAUGCUGGAAUCACAAUCCGCAGCAACGCCCAACAUUUAAAGAGGGCUACAACUUCUUCCUUCCUUUCUACAAGGAAAAACUUGAACCCACUGCAGAGGAAGAUUUACUUCAUCUGAGGAAAUUAUAUGAAGGCCCAGAUGAACUUGUCGAGAAGAUGAAAUCUUUAUCAUUGACGAAUGAAUGUUUUUCGGGUGAUUGCCCAGCUCCCUUGGUGAGUUCAGAAAGAAGUGUAUCUGUGCCAGUUGAAGCCAGUAUCGAGGACCUGCAUGACAUCCAAUGUGAGUCAUCGAUGGAGUCUGUUCAGACAGAUGCAAAGGCAGUUAACAGCCCUUCAGCUUUGGAUGAGAAACUGCAUAGGGAGCUUCAGUACCACAAAUAUGGUAGCUAUAACUGUGAGAACCAGCUUGACCCUUCUAACUGCUACCAUCACAACAACCCAAAUCCUUUCCUGCAAAACCAAUUAAGCCCUCCAGAUCAAAGUAUAAGGCAACCAGAACAAGACAAACCCUCUGUAUCCUCUGUCCAUUCCUGGACUAAAGCUGAGCCAGUGCAGCCCUUCAGCCAGGAAGAGGCAUGGCAUCGCCCUACUUCUGGUCUCUACGAGUCCAUGAACUCUACCAUACCUACUCUAUCCCACUUGCCAACGUCUGCCAGCGCUACUUCACUACCACACUUUAACCAGCAACAUCCACAUUCCCACUAUGACCGCCAGCAGUCUUGGCCAGCGUACCCAGUCUCGGAUACAUCUGCUCCUGACAUUACUCCUGGGCGUCUCUUGGGCCCUUCCAAGAGCAGCUUGCCACAAGAUCCAGGAUCUGUUUUCAUUCAGAAUGCCAGGGGGGUCCAGAUUGGAAGCAACAACCUGAUGACUAUCAGAGGUUACGAGCCCUCCCAUAUUUUAUCAUCGUCACCUACUAACAGCUCGGCUAAAUUUCUCAUCAAAGAAGGCAUUCAGAAAUAUGAGGACCAUGCUGUGACUGAGGAGCACCUCGAGCUGGUGAGGGACAACAUUGGGACCAAAUGGAAGCGUUGUGCUCGGUCCCUGGGUCUGACCAGUGUGGAAAUAGAGACCAUAGAGCAUGACUGCUACCGUGACGGCCUGCCCGAGAUGGUGCACCAAAUGCUGGAGCGCUGGAAAAUGAAGGAGGGGAGUAUUGGCUGUACAGUUGGGAAGCUUUGUCGAGCACUGACAGGACACACAAAGGUAGAUGUCAUCCAGAAAAUACUGGACACCUGCGGUUCUUCUUCCUCGAUCCCAUAAACUUUUUUUCACCCGACAUAUUUGCUUCAUAUCUUCUAAAUGACUUGUUCUGGUCGCCAUAUUUUCUGAAUACGCUCAAUUCAACCAAAAAAAAAAAAAUCGCAUUUGUUUGUUUGUUUGUUUGUUUGUUUUUUUGCCAAGGUUUUGAGAUAUCGUCCCGGUCACCCUCUAAUAUAGAAGAGGUUAACGGAAUGUUUUUGUGCUACUCAAACCAUUGAAAGUGGUAUGUAGAAACCUCAACAGUUAACUCAAAUCUGUGUUUUGUUUUGUUUUGUUUUUGUUUUUUUUCAGAAAAAAAAAUCUUAAUGAUAACAACAGAGCUCACUGUUAACUGCUUUCAUAAGGAAAUUGUCUUUAGUAGAUAACUGAAAACUGUCUGGUAGUCCUUCCCUGAUAAAAUGAUAAAAUUAUCACUUGGAUUGGAAUAUUGUCAUAGUUAAAAAGUUCAAAUUUUCUUCUCAAAUUUCUGCAGGACUUGUUCUACCAAGUUUAUCUUUAUGAGCAAAAGAUUAACAGGGGUCACGUUUCAGUUUUUUCAAAUCAUGGAAUUUUAUUUUGUAGUUUGCUAUCAAGUAAAAAUUCCCUAAAUAAUUGUUUUUUCUUGUUCAUAUGCCAGUUACAUGACGUGUAGCAAGUCAAAGCAAGAAUUAUAACAAAAGUAAUAUUUUUAUAAAAUAAUAUUUUCUAUAAAAAUUGUACUUUUUACUUUUACUGCACGGUUACUGUAGCUUCAACAGAAUAAUGAACCCAUAUUCACGGACAACCAAAUGGUGUGUGGUAAACAUUAUUCCAGCCAAACACAAACAUAAUGACUCAGAACAGGUAAAGUCAAUGGGUCUGAAAGAAGCUGACACAUUAGUAGAGUUAUGGGGGAAAAAAAGGAAGAAAAAAGGAUAAAAACUUCGCAAUGCAGUGUUCCAGUAAUACAUGUGUAUUAUUGUUGUAAUCAAUGUGUCCAGUAGGGUCAGUAGAGGAUAGAGUCAUGAGAAAUUCAAAGUGUCAGCGUCCUUUAAUCUGAGUCCUGCUGUGGAUUAUGUGCUGCGAUGACUUUGAUUUCCCCAAAUGACAGCAAAACGAGUAAGUAUGCAAGUAUUACUAGUUAGCUAUUUGUUUGUGUUCAGUGUGUAGGCUUUGUGUAAUGAGUAUCACAGUUUCCUACAGCUAAUGAGUUGCUGCACUGUACGGUAAACAAGUCUUUUGGAUUGCAAUAUACUUUUCUCACCGUCUGAGAAUUAUUUUAUUUUGGAGAUGUGUCCAUGGUUUGUUCAAAAUUCAAUGACUUUGUGGCACUGGUCCUCGCAGUCUUGGUGUAGCUCACUACACAAUACUAGACUGAUAUGCAGUAUCACAAAAAAAAGUAAACAUCCUGUUCUCCAUCCAUAUAUCCACAGAUUUGACCAGACAUGGAUAUACUGGAAAGCCAUUUUAACAUUUUGAAUAAACUGUGUACAAUAUAGUAUGUUUCUCAAAAUCCAAAUGUCUGUUUCGUGUAUUUAAUAUUUUGAGCUAAACAACCAAACUUCAGCUGAACUUCAUUGCUUGAUCCCAAAUAUUAUUUCAAGUGUAGCAUUUUCUUCCCAAUUUUAUUGGUAAUCUCCUGCAACCAGUUGCUGGAUAUUACUAUACUGUAUUUUUAAAGACAGACAGUUACAGGGCUGUCACCUCUAAGUCAUCAGCUAGACUAGCAGAAUAUAGCUGUAAUUCAUCAGCUAGAUUCAUACUAUCAAGUCACUUCAAAGCAAAUUGCCCUUCCAAGCCACUGGCAGGAGCCACAGGAUUGGGCUAGUUACAAGUCAGUGUCCACAAGUUGACACGUAUUAAAAACAUCAAGUCUGAGCCUGAAAUAAGUCUUGUUUUAUAAAUUACUGCAACAGGGUUGAAUGCGAUGUGUAUUGUUUGACCUAUCUAUUGUCUUAAGUCAGAAAACGCUAUAAAA